AUGGAAGAAUUGAAAUCCAUCUUGUGGUCUGUAGAAGAGCUGAUUUACCUGAGCCCAGAAAAUGAUGCAUUUUACGAAAAAGAAGAGACAGAGAUAACGGCAAAACUGGUCAAUUUGUGUAGGAGCCAUGCGGAAAAAGCGCCAACAAAAACGAGUGGAGUAGACUGUGAAACGGAAGAGUUGACAUCUCAAGUUAGAAACUUGUUCCACUUUUUAAAGUUGAUUAAAGCAGGGAACCAUAAGGAGUGCAUCGUUGACCCAUGGGCACGAGACAUAUUUCAGUUCAUCUUUGAUACGCUUAAAAGUGACAGCACCAACAGUAUUAGCCUGGUGAAGAAGGAAUUAUUCUGUUAUGUUUCUUGCGAAAAGGUAGAUAUAAAGAGUAGAUGGCGCCCCAAGACGGAGGAACAAAGGGAAAACCCGAAUGCCAAUAAAGGUUUUUUUUUUCAGGUUUGCUUUACGUUCCUUCACGAAAUAAAGAUUCUCCUCUGCUGCUACGCAUUUCUGAAUAUGUUCUUGCAAUACAACUGGACAGGGCCUCCACCCACCACGAGGGACAGCGAAAAGGAGAAAGUGCAAACAUCACAUGGAUGCCACGAAGACAAUCAUUUCUGCAAAUUCAUCCAAACGAUGAAAGUAAAAAAUGAAGAGUUUUUAAAUUCAUGUUUGGAAUUUUUAUCGCUUGAGGGGGAGACUACAUAUGCCCACUGUGAAGUGAUGAAUGCCUUCUGUUUAUCCGUAAUUUUGCUAGACCUAGUGAACAAUUUUAAUCAGACCGAUCAGCCGAUUAUGUGCUCAAAUGAGUACUGCUAUUUCGAGGAGGGGACACCGAACAGGGGGGGCAAAAAGUCUGAAGAUGGCAAUACUUCCACGCCGCAAAUCACGUGUGUGCCUGAGAAGGAACAGCCAGUCGGGGUGAACCAAAAAGAAGAGAAAAAAAAACAAUACAAUGAGACGAAGCUCUUACAUUUUGUUAGAAGCAAAUAUUUGUGGAAAGCCAGAAUCUACUUCAUAUGGCAGAGACUGUUUCCUUCAUCUAGUAACGACUGGUUUUAUUCCUUGAAAAUCCACGUAGUGGACAUUCCACUUAGGAUAUUUAAAAACGUGAAACUACUGACCAGCGAUUUUGAACUAAUUGAUCAAGAAAUAAAUGUCAUUGGACAAGUCCCAGAAAUUUUUGCCCAUUUGAGACAAAAUGAAAAGGACUUGCAAAAUUGCGACCUCUUUUGUGAAAAUUACAUGUCGCAAAAUUUUCAAAUUUGUGCAUUAUCUAACUUUUCCAUAUACUUGGCCUUCUACAAUUAUACUUAUGCCUACCAGAGGGUACUCGACGUUCUUGCGGAGAUGAGUCAGUUUAGCUAUUCCUUCACUGGAAGAAUGGGAAUAAAGAGAAAGUACCAGAAGAUACCUGCCACCAUUUUAGUGUUGAAGGCGAAGAGGGGACAGGAGGAGGACAAUACGUCUGUAAUUUUGAAAGAAAUAGAGCCUCUCAGUGAGUACGACAUAUUGAGGAGUGACUACCGAAUUAUUGAUCAUGAGAAGGGAGGAGAAGCGCUUCGUAGGUAUAGAGAUACCAAGCGUGGGGAUCCGCAUAAGGAGGAGAGUGAAAAUAGGGAAGACGACGCAGGUGAGGCAGCUCCAUUCAGUUUAGCCACUUCGCAGAAGGUGACUAUGGAGGAGCGCGGGGGGCAAGGAAACUGCUACAUUGGCGGAAAAGAAGUGGAUGAAAUAAGCCCAGAAGUAGAAAAUUUAGGGGGAGAACAUAUAAAUAAAAUGACUUCCAAAAAAAGGGAAGCACAAAAUGGGGAAGAGAUUGACCAAAAGGGCUUGAAGUUGAUUCCUCAUUAUGCCAGUCGCAUGGGGGAAGAAAAUUCCCCCGAAGGGUGCACCUCCACAGGAGGCAAAACGCUCAGCAACAUUGACACAGAUGAGUGCUCACCAAAUAGUGACCAACCGAGUAAAACAAAUCCAAACGGAAAAGUACUGUGGAAAUUAAAAGACCUCGACCCAGAUACAGACAUAUUAGAAGAACCAUACUUUAUGGAUUCACAAAAUAACUAUUUUAAAAUAUUAACAUUCGAUGAACAGAUAACCUUGAUCAACUUCUGCUAUUCCAUGAUUAGAUUCAAUCCACACUACGACGAAAUAAAAUUCGAGAAGUUAAGUGCAGUUAUAUCUAGGUGCCUCAAAUGCUAUGAUGUACAUGUGGAAUCGAGGGAGGAGGACCAAAAUGGGAUAACAACUAGAAACAACAAUUUGUUACAGAUAAAAUAUCAGAAUUGGCUACUGCACUCGUGUAUUCUAUGGUAUAAGUGCAAAUGUGAAACGUUUCGAUUGAAGACCGUAGAUAGGGCUGCUGCACAGCUAAAUGAGUUACUGAAAGAGACAUACAAUAUGGAACCACACGGGGGAGAAAGGGUAAAAUUCCUUUUCGAUGUGUACUAUCCAACCACUUGGGAACUGAAGAGAGAAAUAGGAAAUGUUAUGGUGAAAACGGGAUCCGUAGUGUCCGCUUUCAACCUUUUUAAGGAUUUGAAAUUAUGGGAAGAAGCCAUCACCUGUUUGAUUCAAGCAGAUAGAAAAGAAGAAGCAAAAGAGUUGCUAGAUCAUCUCCUACAAAGAAAAAGAACUCCCGCUUUGUUAUGUUUAUACGGAUUGGUUGACAGGAGUAAUGCCUUGAAUUAUUACAUAGAGGCAUGGAAGCUGUCAAAUUGUAAAUAUGCGAAAGCGGCCAGAUUUAUUGGGAAUUUUUACUACCGUAAGGAAAUGUACAUGCCGUGUUGUGAAUAUUUAGAAAAGGCUCUAGAAAUAUCUCCCCUUUUUCCAGACAUAUGGUUUAUCCUAGGUUGCUCGUACAUGAAAAUGGAAAAAAUCGAUGAAUCUGUAAAAGCAUUCACACGUAUGGUCAGCAUGACGAAUGAAGAUUCUGCAAAGGCUUAUGGAAAUUUGGCCUACCUGUAUUUGAAAAAAGGAAUAUACAAAGCUGCAAAGAUCUGUAUAAAUCAAGCUGUCAAGGUUGACAAUAAUGAGUGGAAAUAUUGGGAUACAUAUCUUAAAUUGUCCAUUAUGCAAAAUGACGUCGAUAGUUUCUGCUUGGCAAUGAUCACUUUAUGUCAAAAGAAUCAAGUCAAACAGAUACAGCCUUGGAUCUAUGAAUACAUCUCUGAUCUUAUUGUAAAUGACAAACCGACCCUAAUUCCGAAUAAAAAUGGAUUGAGUUAUCUGGACAAAGUUGUUACAACCAUGGGCACCAUAUCGGCUUACAUUUCUGAGUGUGACUCCUACUGGAACGCCUUUUCUUUUCUUCUCUUUGUAAAGGGCAGAUUCGUUGAGUCGUACGAGGCAAAAGUUAAGGAGAUACGCUCCUUAGAGAGUAUAGCACAAAAGUGCACCAUCAAAGAUGUAGUUGACAAGCUGAUUUCCAAACAAGUAGCCGCCGUCAAAUUCUUGUAUCAUGUUAUCAAGGCGCAUUACGUCGAGGAGAACACAGGAACCUUAGAAUACCAGUUAAGGCACAUUAUCGAGUCGAUUCUGAGGCAGUACAAGGACAUGAGUCAGCAGGAGGUAACUGAAUUGUCGCAAAUUAAGAAGAUUAUAAAAUGA